GUGGUGUCAGCCAACCUGCAGCCAUGCGUCUUGAAAAAUGCUAUUUCUGCUCGUCGACCGUGUACCCGGGUCACGGCAUCCAGUUUGUGCGCAACGACUCUAAGAUCUUCCGCUUUUGUCGCUCCAAAUGCCACAAGAACUUCAAGAAGAAACGCAACCCUCGCAAGGUUCGCUGGACCAAGGCUUUCCGUAAGGCUGCCGGCAAGGAGCUCACGCUGGACUCGGUCUACGAGUUUGAGAAGAAGCGCAACGUCCCUGUCAAGUAUGACCGUGAGCUCUGGCAAAACACAGUCAAGGCAAUGAAGCGCAUUGGCGAGAUUCGCCAACGUCGCGAGGGCCAGUUCAUCAAGAACCGCUUGCGGGCCGGUCGCAACCUGUCACUUGUCAAGGAGCGCGACCACAUCGAGAAGAACUUCGACCUCAUCAAAUCGCCUGCCGUUUCCAAGCGUCUUCUACGCGAGAAGGCCGCUGCUGCCGCCAAGCGCAAGGCCCAACAAGCAGCCAACGAAGCAUGAGCGUCAAAUUGACCAGCGCAUUGGCCAUGCCCCCGCCUUUUUUUGCCGCAGUCGAUGCCUACGACCUCAACACGGCCACUGCUGUUGAUGUCGGCUUUUUGCCGGGCCUCGUCUUCGUGGGACUGCGUCCCGGGGCUGUUUCUUUGUUUUUGUACAACCUUGUUCUCGUUUUCAAAUACGUUAGUGCGCUGUGUCUCUAGCAUUUCCCCUUGCUUCAUUUUUUUUUUGUCACGAAAAAUUUCCGUCUGAUCCCCACCCGAGCGAGACAGCUCAGAGCCUCGAAUUCAUCAGUUGAGCUCGUGUCUGGCGCUCAUCUCGCUUGAUAUGGCAAGUGUUCGGGUCUGGUGUGUGUGCUUGAUUAUGUUUCAAGCCUUGUUGUCACCACUCCCUUGGCCCCUCUCGGUGGACCUCUCAAUCUCUUUGUUUUGUCGUUGUUUUUGGCUUUUUCUAUCUGGUUUUCGUCAUGCGCGCUCCGACUCAGAGCCCCCAUGUCAGUACCCUUCAGUUUCUGCUUGGACCAAGCCAGUCCUCUUCGGCUUGUUGAAUGCCUAGCUCUGGUUUGAACCCUUUUUCGUCGCUUUGACUGAACGCUGAACCUGUCUUCUGGCGAAUUGAUUUUCUCCCCAUUU